AUGGCUUUCCGCAACACCAACCCAACCAUAACCUACGACUCAACAUCCUCCAAGUAUCAUGUUAACUACGACGCCAAAACAAUCGAGACAACCGUCACCACCAAAGCUGCCAUCRCUGAUGAAUGGGUGGACGAACUCCUUUCGCUCCACGCCGACCACCCAACGGUGGUGGUGGGCUUGGACGUCGAAUGGCGGCCCCACCAAAUCCGAUCCAUGAGCAAUAAAUCCGCCACCCUUCAACUCUGCAUCGACACCAAGUGCCUAAUCCUUCAACUCUUCUACAUGGACGAAAUCCCAGAAUCCCUGAAAAUGUUUCUCCUGAACCCCAAGUUUACUUUUGUGGGAAUUGAAGUUGAUGAGGACAUUUUGAAGCUUAAGAACGAAUAUGGGUUGGAUUGUUCUAAAAGUACAGAUAUUCGGGAGGUGGCAAAGACCAUGUGGCCGGGAAGGUUUCGUCGGCCGGGUUUGAAGGAUCUUGCCAUGGAGGUGGUGGGGCUUUACAUGAAGAAGCCAAAGCAUGUUUGCAUGAGCAAUUGGGAGGAAAGGGUGCUUAAUGAAAACCAAGUAGAGUAUGCAUGUAUUGAUGCUUAUGCUUCAUACAAGAUUGGUCACAAGCUUUUGCUUCAAGGUUAA